CAAACUCAUUCCAACAAAAGAUACAAACAUAAUGGAUUACGCAAAUUACGGCAACUACGGCGACGGAGGAUUUAAUACCGAUGCUCAGUUUACUGACAUGAAUGGCGGUGAAGGAUCACAACGCCAACUGCAGACAAGAAACACGUUGAGUCCUGUCACUAUAAAACAAAUCAAUGACGCCACCCAGCCGGUUCAAGAUGGCGAGUUCACUAUUAACAAAGUGUCUUUGAACAUGGUUUCCUUUGUUGGAGUUGUGCGGAAGGUUGAAAACCAAACUAGUGCUGUAACAGUGACGAUUGAAGAUGGAACCGGAUCCGUCGACGUUAAGAAAUGGGUGGACGAAAAAUUAACCACCGCAGCCGAGGAAGAGGAGUAUUUCUUGGGAUUAGAAAAUAACUACGUUUAUGUUACGGGUGCUUUGAAAGAAUUCAAUCUGAAAAAGGCGAUCCAACAUGCGCAGAUCCGCCCAAUUACCGACCAUAACGAGGUCAUCUACCAUAUGUUCUACACAAUUCACACGCACUUGGAAGCUGAAGGCCUACUCAAUGUACCAAAACAAGAAAGCUCAUCUGGAUUGUUCGUGGGAUCUUCUACUGGUGCUGGUGAAGAUUCGAAAUUAAGUGACCAAGAUCGAAUUAUGAGCGUUAUUGCCGCAAACACGGGUUCAAUGCUGGAAGGUGUGCCUGUAAAAUGGAUCAGCGAUAGCCUAAACAUCCCUGAAAACGAGGUCAGAAACACGUGUCAGUAUUUGUCGGAACAGGGAAAGGUCUAUCAAGGUUACGAUGAGAGCUCUUUCUUGAGUGUGUGAAAUCCAAACUCUGUAUAAUAAGUAUUCUUCUUUGUUUUCAUAUAAUCUGUUUUGUGUUUGACCCGAAGUAGAUUUCCUUGAGAUCUUCGUCAUCCACAAACUCUGUGGUAUCAAGAAAGUUCUUCUUUCUAGAUGCUGAACUCAUCGUUAGCACAAACGACUCUGCCGCUCGAAGUUCGUUUUCUUCUAGUGCCUUUCCGUUUCGUUGGGUCUUGUUGUGCUCGUCUUUGCCAUUACUGUCUUUAGCAUUUGCAUGCAAAUACUCUAUUCUUCUUUUUGU